AUGAUAGACAUUUACCGAGGCGAAUUGCCCGUGCCCAAGCCUCCAACGAAGUCAAAGCGAGUGCGCACCGGUUGUUUAACAUGUCGCGGCCGGCACUUGAAAUGCGACGAGGCUGUCCCGAUCUGCAGGAACUGCGAAAAGGGCGGUCGAAAAUGCAUACGUGGAAUCAGACUCAACUUCUCAAACACUACGGUGCAUGAUACGUCCUACUUGGUGCCCGUUAGUACACGAAACUUCAUGUUCCAGGACGAUUCUCGACGCAUCGCCUCGGAGUACAAGGGCGGGUCAAGCAGAUAUGCAGAUCCUCCGCAAAGCCCACCCGCCGAUUGCAACAUCAAGGCUGAGAUGCAGUCUUCCAGUCCGGAUCUAGGACCAACUGAGCAUAUCCUGCAAGGGCAUGUUUGGCAUGUCUAUAUCUCGCCGGAAGGCUCAAAUUCGACAAGGAGUAUAUAUAGCGACAGUCUGAUACUCCAAGCAACCGAGUGGCGCAAGGGAGGUCAAGUUGAAUCAGGGCCAAUGAGCCUCUCGGAGGUCGAAGACCGAUCGAAUGUCAGCGAGCCCCUCGAAGAUGACAGCGUCACUUGCCCAACGACUACGCUCAGUACCCCUGAACGAGAGUUCCUCGACACGCCUGAGCAGGUCAGAUAUAUGCAGAUUUAUGUGGAAGAGGUUGCGGCCUGGAUGGAUUCGUUCAACAAGGGAAAAUACUUUGGCGAAUGCCUGCCAUACCGAGCACUCGACUCUCCUUUACUACUCUAUUCUCUCCUGGCCUGCGGAAUACGACGCCUGGCACUCCGCCACCCGGACAUGGCUGAAAUAGCUGCAGCAUAUUACAGCACGGCCAACAUGCAUCUGUUCCGCUACCACGAGAACCCAGAGCGAGAUGUGGAAGACUGCUCGAUUGUAGCAGUCAUUCUCAAGCUUUAUAAUGUCAUGUUUAGAGAAGGGCCACAGAGCGGAGGCCACAGCCUCGCCGUGCUCAACUCCAUCAUUAGCGAGAGCCGGUGGAACACAGACAGCGACGGCAUUGGCUCGGCAUGUUUCUGGCUGAAUGCCUAUUUGGACAUUGUUGGGAGCUUGGAUGUCGGCUACUGUUUGUAUGUCGACUCGUGGAGCAUCAAUAUGGACUUCUCCAGCGAAGGCGGCGAAGGGAUGGCCUAUAGGGGCGAAGAGCUGUGGGUGCAGAGGAUGCUAUUCAUCUUGGCCAAGGUAAUUAGCUACCGGCUGUGUGUGCUGUCGUUUACAGAGAUAGAUUUGCGGGAGAACAGGACACUGGAGGAUCGUCUGCCGGAAUGGAAGCACUUGAAGCUGCUUUGUGACCAGUGGAACGACGCAUGCCCGCGAAACAUGCGGCCCUUGGGUUACAUGUAUCCCGACCAAGCAGAAAACAAUUCUGCAUUUCCGAAAGCAUGGCUGCCCAAACGCGAGGCGGUGUUUUGUCGUCUCUUGUACCACACGGCGCAGUUUAUCCUGACUCAGACGCAUCCGCUGGAGCAAAUCAUGCUUUCGGAAGAGAUGAUUGCGCUUCAGCUGCACCAUGCCCGAGAAGUAUGCGGAAUCGUGGCCCAUACGGAGGACCGCUACUUGGGGCCGAUAUCGGUGCAGUCACUGUUGAUUGCGUCAAGUACUUUGACGGAAGACGGAGAGCAGAUGGAAGUCCUGGAUAUUCUGCAGAGGAUGAAGGCCCAGAUUGAAUAUCGGUAG